AAUUUUAAAAAAAAAGCGUAUUUCAAUAAAAGUAAAUAGACCAUGAUUUCCAUAAUUAUUUUACUAGCAAGUUUACUAUUUGCAUAUUAUAUGUGUUUGUUUUAUUUGAAAUUCCGUAAAUACCCCCUGGGUCAACACCACUGCCAUUAAUUGGCAAUGUUUUGAUGUUAAGACAUUUUAGACAACACUGGAAUAAGGAGCUGACAAAAUUGUACCAGAUAUACGGUCCGGUGAUCACCAUAUGGUUGGGUCCCAUGCCUAUUGUGUUCAUAGGGACAUGGACGUGGCCCGGGAGGCGUUCGCCAAAAUCAAAUUAACCGGGCGAACUAACCUUGAACUUGCCUGCUUAUAUUGUAAUGAAAAGCACCAGGAUUUCUCUUUAAAUAACAAUAUGACCAGUUGGUGGGCCCUACGAAACGUUAUGCACAAAGCUAUUAGUGAUGACUUGUCUGGAGUGGUGGACACCAUAGUCACCGAAAUGACCGCCAAAGUGAUCGCCACUAAUCAGCCCAUAAAUCCAACGCUAUUUGGGUACAAUAUGAGCAUGGGCAUAAUGGGACAUUUAAUUUUAAAUGAAAAGUGCGUGGGUGAGGGCCGGGAGUCUGGCAAACAUCUAACCGACGAUAACAUCGCGUCGAGUUUGAUUGAUGUGUUUCUUGUGAGUUUAACAAUGAGCUACCACUUAGUAGGGAGCAUCGAGGCACGAAUCUCGAUUAAGUGGUUCUAA